UUGCCAAGCUGCUUUGCUGCUCGCGGGUACAUAAAUAGUGUCCAGUGGUCUGCGACCAUCAGUCUACAUUUAUAUUUCACGUGCAUAAGAGUGAUUAAUUGCGUAUUCGUCUCGUCUUUGUGAUCGUAUUGUUAGUCCAUUAGUACUAAGAGAAAGAUUCUUCCUGAUUUUUUUUUCAUAUUUAAUAGUGCUUUGUUAUACGUAACGUUAUAAGCGGAUGACUUACUAGUCCAAGUAUUAAUAAAUUUAAAAACAAAGCUGUAUGUUAGAUAUCCUCUUCCGGUGCCUUAUCGCGAUAUCAUUUCUUUCUGCUAUCAGAAUCGAGUGUUACGAAGUCUCAAAAUGCAGCUGCACAUUAGAGGACAAUCAACGCACGUGUUAGAUGUCAGCGGAGAAGAAUCCAUUGGACAAAUUAAGGAUCGCCUUCGAGCUUCAGCUGUGGUUGGUGCUGAAGAGCUAACACUAUCGGCAUGUGGAGCUCCUCUUGAUGAUUCAUGCCUUGUAUCUGACCUGGACUCUACAGAACUUGACCUCACAAUUCCACUUCUUGGUGGUAAAGUGCACGGUUCUUUGGCUCGUGCUGGAAAAGUGAAGAGUCAGACACCAAAAGUAGAAAAAGAACAAAAAAAGAAGAAGAAGACCGGCCGUGCCAAACGCAGAAUGCAAUACAACAGAAGAUUCAAGAAUGUUGAUCAAACCGUCGGCCCCCGUCGUGGACCCAACUCCAACUCAUAGGUUACAUUCUUUGUAAAAAAAAUGCAAAUAUAACAUCUUUGCGCCA